AUGGCCUCUCUAGCUAAAUUCUUGGUCGUCACCCUCUUGGCAGUAUCGCUGUUACCAUCUCCCGCCACCGCACAACUCUCCGCCAACUUUUACUCAACUUCGUGCCCAAACCUCCUCACCAUCGUCCGCAACGCUAUGACCCAAGCUGUCAACAACGAAGCUCGCAUGGCCGCCUCCAUCCUCCGCCUCUUCUUCCAUGACUGCUUUGUCAACGGAUGCGACGCCUCGAUACUGCUCGACGACACCGCUACUCUCACCGGCGAGAAGAAUGCCGGACCAAACCGUAACUCCGCCCGAGGAUUCCAGGUCAUCGACACCAUCAAGACGCGGGUUGACGCCGCUUGCAACGCCACCGUUUCUUGCGCCGACAUCCUGGCACUAGCUGCCAGAGAUGGAGUCGUCCUGGUACCUAAACAUCUAAGCCUGCAUCGCGACAAACAGCUGGGCGGGCAAACAUGGACGGUCCCACUGGGCCGCCGCGACGCCCGAACGGCGAGCCAGAGCGCUGCCAACAGCCAGAUCCCCGGGCCCAGCUCCAGCCUGGCGACGCUUGUCAACAUGUUCUCCAACAAAGGGCUCAGCGCACGCGACAUGACUGUACUCUCGGGGGCCCACACCAUCGGCCAAGCGCGGUGCACGACAUUCCGCCAGCGCAUCUACAACGACACCAACAUCAACGCCGCCUUCGCCACCACCAGGAGGCGGAACUGCCCUUCCACCGGCGGGGACGGCAACCUCGCCCCGAUCGACAGCACCCCGGCCCGGUUCGACAACAGUUACUACAGGGACCUGGUGGCCAGGCGCGGGCUCUUCCACUCCGACCAGGAGCUGUUCAACGGUGGGUCCCAGGACGCCGCCGUCACGGGGUACAGCAACAACGGCGCUUCUUUCCUCAGGGACUUCGCCGCCGCCAUGGUCAGGCUGGGGAACUUGAGCCCGCUGACUGGGAGAAAUGGAGAGGUCAGAAGGAACUGCAGGAGGAUUAACUAA